UACUCUUGAACUAUUGGCGAAGAAGGGAAGAACCUCAUUUCUCCUAAUAAAACCUUUUCUCAGCCCUGAAACCCUAAAAAAAAAAGAAAUUCCAAAACCUUUAGUGGGCAUGGCAUCACUGAAAGAGAUCUUAACAAGAAGACCAAUAUCAGCGACAAUCAGAUUAACAGUACCAGCCGGGGGAGCAAGACCAGCACCACCAGUUGGACCAGCGUUAGGUCAGUAUCGUUUAAACCUAAUGGCAUUUUGUAAAGAUUUCAAUGCAAGAACACAAAAAUACAAACCAGAUACUCCAAUGGCAGUGACAAUCACAGCAUUUAAAGAUAAUACAUUUGAAUUUACUGUGAAAUCACCAUCAGUCACUUGGUACUUGAAAAAAGCUGCUGGGAUUGAAUCUGGUAGUGGUCGUUCUGGUCAUGUUGUGGUUGCAACUUUAACACCUAAACAUAUUUAUGAGAUUGCUAAAAUUAAACAAUCUGAUCCUUACUGUCAGUAUAUGAGUUUAGAAUCGAUUUCUAAAUCCAUUAUUGGAACUGCUAAAUCUAUGGGUAUUAAAGUUCAGAAUGAAUUGGAUUGAAGAUGAGAGAUUGGGCUAGCUUCUCAAUUGCGGCAGUGAUUUGGAUUUAAUGUUUUGAAGAAUUGCUGGGCAGUUUUUCAUUUCUAGGGUUUCGUUUAUUAUGAUUAUUAGUUUCUUUUGUUUUUGCUGUUUAUGAUGAAUAAUAAAGAAGAACUAUGUUUAAUGGUCAUUUGAAGUGUAAUGGCAAACUAUGAAUGAAACUCAUUUUUUUCUUUUUCUUAAUGUUCA